AUGACUCGCACCGGUCGUAUUUGCGGGAGCCGUCCCGCCGUGGUGUUCGUCGGAGCACUGCUCUUUGCCGGCAUCGUGUCGGCCUCGAUCAACCCCGGCGCCAUCAGACGCCAGGCCACGGCCACCAGCGCUGGAGCCGAGGCCAGCAUGGACUUUGAGUCCCUGACCGGAUGCCACAUGCAUGGGACGAAGCAGUACUGCAUGGCGGACUCUACUGAGUACCAGAUCGUCCCUGAAGCCGCCGAGGCGACGGCCACCGAGGAUCCUCCCUCUUCGUACACUGCCUGCCACAACCACGGUUCAGACGUUUACUGCAUGAACCCCAACGGUGGCGAAGUUCAAGUUCUCGGCGAAAACGAAGCUGCCCCUACUCAGACGGCGGCCAAGGAGACUGGCAAGAGCUCCGCCACUGACUCGGACAAGAUCACCGCCGUCACUGAGUGCCACAUGCACGAGACCUCUCUCUACUGCAUGGGUCCCAGCUCUACCGAGUACUACGUCCAGACCACUAUCACCAACACCGAGGAGUUUCCCGCCCAGCUCACCGAUUGCCACAGCCACGGCGAAGAGACUUACUGCAUGUCCGACGAUGGCGAGGCUCCCAUCAUUCUCGCUGAAGAUGUCGAGUCUGGCGCCGCUGAUCCUGAGGAGGAACACUGCCACUUCCACGCCGGCGUCGAGCAUUGUGUCGGAGGUAGUCACGGCUCUGAAGAGGAGGGCAGUCGCUCGUGUGGAAAGGUUGACCGAGACUACAAGAUUGGCAUCCGUAUUGGCAUGCUUUUCGUUGUCCUCGUUGCCAGCUCCAUUGGUGUCUUUGGUCCCAUCUUGAUGUCCACCUUCAUGCCAAUCAAGUCUAACCUCUUCCUCACUGUCCUCAAGCAGUUUGGUACUGGUGUUAUCAUCUCCACUGCCUUUGUUCACUUGUUCACCCACGCGACAAUGAUGUUCGGAAACGAGUGUCUCGGCGAGCUCCUCUACGAGGCCACCACCGCAGCCAUCGUCAUGGCCGGUCUCUUCAUCUCGUUCCUUAUUGAGUACUUUGUGCACCGAGCGAUGCGCUGGCAGGAGAACAAGGAGAACAAGUCCGAGGGCGUCAUGUCUCCCCAGGCGCUUGCGAAGGCGGAGCUUACCAACGUAACUAUCAUGGAGGCUGGUAUCAUCUUCCACUCGCUGCUUAUCGGAAUUACGCUUGUUGUUGCUGGUGACUCCUUCUUCAUCACGCUGUCCAUCGUCAUCAUCUUCCACCAGCUCUUCGAAGGUAUCGCUCUGGGUACCCGUAUCGCCGCGGCUGGCUAUGGCCAGACUCCUCUCGCCCACUUCCACUCUCAUGGACACUCGCACAGUCCCGCUCCCGCCGUGGACCGAACUGGCACGUCGACCGUUUCCCUGACCAAGAAGCUCAUUCUCGGCGCUGGCUUCGCCCUUGUCACACCCAUCGGCAUGGCCAUCGGUAUCGGCGUCCUGAACGUCUUCAACGGCAACAACCCUUCCACUCUGAUCGCCCUGGGAACUCUGGACGCCCUCUCAGCCGGUAUUCUCGUCUGGGUUGGACUGGUAGAGAUGUGGGCUCAGGACUGGAUGUGGGGGGGCGAGCUCACCGAGGCUGGCCCUGUCACGACUACUUUGGCCCUGUUUGGUCUUGUCUGCGGUAUGGUUCUGAUGAGUUUGCUCGGCAAGUGGGCUUAA